AUGGGACAAAAACUAAGCAACAAACGUCAAAAAACCACACCUCAAGAUGAUCUGCAAUGCACCUCUUCCUCUACUUCCGACAAUGGUCAUCUCAUCAGCUCUACUUUAUACCGAGCUUCAUCGCCUGGUGAUGAUAAUCUCUUUAACUCUUGUUCAAACCAAGAUUUGGACACGUUACAACGAAGUGUAACCAGCAUACCUGAUGAUCUCAUGAUUGAAAUCCUCUCACGGCUUCCUGUUAAAUCCCUGUUGAAGUUCAGGUGUGUAUCGAAAUCUUUGCUUGCGUUAAUCUCAAGUCCCGAUUUCAUCAGAACCCAUGUGAGGAAAAAUAAUGAGAACAUCAACCAUAGGGUCAUAUGUUGUGUUCAUUGUGACGAGUUUGGUGGUUCUGAUCUCAAGGAAUUCCCUCUGAAAUCAGCUUUGAAUGAACCAGUAACUCGAGCUACCGACAUUGACUAUCCCAAGGGGUACGACAAAAUUGGAUCAUUCAAAAUUGUGGGUUCUUGCAAUGGCUUGGUUUGCGUUACUUUUCCUAAAAAAAGAUCAAAAAAUGGUGAGUUAGGAAUUCUUCUCUGGAAUCCAUCCAUGAAAAAGUACAGAAAAUUGCCCAAGUUUGACACUAAGUUGAACAGUACUAUUUGGCACAGUUGGUUUGUGGCAUGUGGAUACGGCUACGAUGAGUCUAAUGAUGAUUACAAAGUAGUUGCAAUGUUAAGUGUCCGCUAUCGGCAACCAGAAGGAGUGACUAUGAAAGAAGAUACUGUGACUAAGAUGUACAGUCGUAAGACUCACACUUGGGAGGAAAUUGAGAAUUUGAAGGAUGGGAUUCCGAUUAACGAGCUGGGUAAUUUUGCUAGUGGGAGGCUCCAUUGGUUGACGAGUACUACUAUGCCUAGACGGUUUCAUACCAAGCACAACAUUCAUAGCUAUGCCUUAGUCAGUGAGACUGAAGGAGACUUGAAAAUUGUAAGUAUUGAUUUGGAAAGUAAGAUGUUUGGCGUGGUGGAGUAUCCAGAACAUGAAAAGAGCAAUAGCUACUGUGCAUUAGGGAUCGCUGGAGGACGUCUCUGCCUUGUUCGCACCUAUGAAAGUCGUGUGAUGGAUAUUUCGGUUAUGAAGGAGUAUGGAGUGAAAGAAUCUUGGACUAAAGUUGCUUCUGUUAAUUAUCCUGAGCAUAUUGUUGCCAAAUUAUAUCGUCAACCUUUUGGCUGGCAGAACAACGGUGGACAUAUGCUUAAGCUUGAGAAAUUCUUGGUACUUUAUGACUCAGAAGAUGAUUCAAUUAGGUUUCCAAUCAUUGGAAAUUUUGGACUUGUUCGAUGGGUCGAUACUUAUGCUGAAAGCUUGGUUUUGCCUUGA